UUCAGCGACAGAGUCCAAACGAGAACAAUCUGCUGUUUUUUUGUUGUUGUUGUUGAAUUCGAAUGUUGAUCACCUUUCUUCUCGCGUCGCAAAACGUCGUUCGACAGUUUGCUGCGAUUAUCUGAUUCGUUUUUAGGUUUCCAUUUCUUCGGCAAGUGUGAAUAGUGUGAAAAUAAAGAACUUCGAAGUUUUUGCGGUGGGUAAAUUUAAAUAGCGAAGUGAACAAGCUGCUGGAACGUCGAGAACGUAAACGGGAGCGGCCGAUCAGUGAAGCAAAUCCUAUAGAAUUAGUGCAGGGGAAAAUUCCUGCCAUAUUUAUUUUCUCUGUGAAGAAUUCUUUUGUUUACCAUUGGCCUGCUUUGAGUCGGCAGCUGAAGUGUUUUUAACGUGGCUAGCUGCAAUUGAUCACACUUCGUCGGUUUUGAUUUAGAGGAAUUUACUAACUUAACGAACUUAACAGAUGAGAGGAACGUAAAACAUGGAAUACUACGCAAUUUAUCUGCCAUACAAGGAACCUGAACUGUCAAUAAAGAGCUUCUAUAAUGAUAAGGAGGAAGCGUUGAAGGUGCUCAAAUCCCACAAGGAAGCCCGACUGAAGGCUUUCCGAACGAGCGAAGAGGCAGUCUAUUUUUAUCUGAAUGGCCCUUCCGAUCCACUGCCGAGUGGCACUCCUAAAUCACCGACGAGCACUCCGUCGAAAGUGAAAGCCGAGAAGACACCUUUCAAAGCGCCCAAGAGUCAGGAAUUGGUUGCGUUUCGAAAGUUGAUUGAGAAGAACGAGCUCGACAUGGCACGGAACAUCAUUCAGCUGAAUCCUCGCUAUCUUGUCAGCUCGGGUGAUAUGCCAACAAUUCUAAAGGAGGGUCCACGAUACAACGCGCUACACGUAGCCGCCAUGGAAGGCCACGGUGAGAUGUGCAAACUGAUCCUGCGAACAAUCGAAAAUCCCGGCUUCAUUGAGUUCCUCCACGGCCAGCGAAAUCCCUCGACCGACGAAGUCAGUGCCAUUCUGCUGGAUCUGUAUCUCAACAUGCCGGACAAGAGCCGAAGCGAAACGCCGCUGCACUUCGCCGCCAAGUUCGGCUCCGUGGGGGCCGUCGAAGUGCUGAUCUCCUAUCCGCAGUGCAAGAUGACCCGCAACUCGGAUGGUCUGCUGCCAAAGGAUAUCAUCUGCAACCGUGCAAAAAGCAAAAACGACAGCCCGGAAAUUCGCAAAGCGAUCGCCGAUCUGCUACAGGAGCGCUUCUUCGUACCGGUAAUUCGGGCCGUCGAUAACAGCACACCGCCCGUCGUAGGAGAACCCUUCACACUGGCCAACCUCCCCAAUCUGGAGGCAAAAGAUAAGUUCAGUCCCCGGUUGGAAAUCAAAGCGUUCGCUGGUCCGAUGGACAAGGAAAAGGCGCAGGUAUUUUGCAAACGCUGGAAGACUCCACCGCGACUGAUUCCGUCGCCUCGGUACAUAUCACCAGUGAAGGCGUACAGUUCUAGUAAGAUUCCGGUGUCGAUCGCCGAAAGUGGAGUAAGUCCGCUCUCAUCGACACCUAUUGGCAGUAAACGACCCGGUGGACGGCGAACUCUUUUCCCGAACCGAUCGUUCGAGCUAGCUAUGGAAAGAGAAGAGCAAGAGCACAACAACAGCGUUAAUAAUAAUUUCGAAAUAGAGGUAGUAAAGGAGGACGUGGAUUUGGAAGCACUCGAAGAGAAGCGGCAGGAGGACGAAAAGAAUGGUAACAAUUUGAUAGGUAUAAAACCUAUUCGAAUGGCUAGUGGUCAGUUCGGUGCGGUCCGAAUGAGUCCGGUAAAGAAAAGUGCCAGUGAAGCGGGCAACUUUCUCUUCCGAAAGUAUCGCGAACGGCUGCAGAAUUCAUUUGCCACAAUCUACGACGACGACGAUGACAAUGUCGACGGUGGAAAUGACACCAAGGAAGGGUUCGCUGAGCUGGACGCGACGGAUAAACCGUCCAAAAAUGGCGAUGCAAAUUAUAGCUAUUUUUGUGACGAAAGUAACUCGUUCUAUGAAGGAACAAACAUAACCGAGUCACCCUCAUUCAAGGAGCGAAAGCUACGACUGACCGACACGGAGAAAGGUCUCGAAAUUAUCGGCCGCAGCUUGGCAGAAGAUCACGAUGUCGGCUGGAACGAGUAUUGGAAAUUUCUGGAGACUUUUGUAGACCUGAAAAGCAACGACGGUUUGCGAUUGUUCGAGGACUACCUCGCAAAGCGUCGACAGAACUCACCCGAAACAACUGCACAACAACUUGAGGAUAACCCGCUCCGACCAAAACAGUUGGAUGUACUCGCGACGAAUAACAAUCCCAAUGACAGUGUCGGCUCUAUCUGUAACGCUCUGGAACGCAUGUGCCUGCGGGAGGGACUCCGAACUUCCUCCCCUCAAGUACCAACUCGCCAUCCGGUGCCACCGGUCGAGCCAAAUCCCGUUCAUUCGAACAUCACCAAUCCGUAUCUCUGUUUGCACAAUUCCUUGCAAGUUUUCGCCAAAAGAUUCGUUAAAAAUCUAGACGAAAGCAGCACAACAAUGAUGAUGGACUUUGCCGCUUUCUUCCAGCAAGCGGUAGUAGACUGCGUCCGUAAGCUGAACACACUCAUCGACAACUACCGGAAAGAUGUGGCUUUCGGUUCGAUUGAUUUUAGCAAAGUUCACUCCCGCUACGCUCAGCUGAUAAUCAUCAACAUAGAACAGCAAAAUGAGACUGCUCAAAGUGUGAUCCACCGUCUCAAGCUUCUGCUGGAUAAAAGUCGCGAAGUCAACUCCGCCCGGAAGCAUUCCGAUCUUCACGACAGCCUGAUCUGUCUGCAAAACUUUCUCGAUUUUUACAUCUUCAAAAAAGCCGACCUCAUGCAAGACUGCCAAACGCAGGGGGAAACCCAAACGGAAGCCAGCUGCAGCGCCACGUGGACCGGGAAUCCACUGGUUCACAGUUGCAACUGCCGAAUCGAUGGAACGUACGCUAAAAAGGGUAGCAUGGAGCGGUUGAAUAAACGUCGCGAGCAGCGGAGAAAAAUGCACGCGGGUUUGAACGGAGCUCCAGCCUUAGAAGAUCUCACCAACAACCGAGCGGCCGUUGCUACUAGUCUAGCUUCGGUGGGGCCCAACUUUGGGGCUUACAGAAAUCCGACCAUUAUAAUCGAGGAUCACUCAGAAGAUGACGAGGACGAUGAGUACUUUAGCUGUAGCGACUCCGAACUGGACACGGAUUCGGACGGAGAUGAUCCGAAUGUGAGCUACGAAACACCUCCCUCUAGUCCGUCGUUCUUUUCUCAACUGCAGGACACGCUAGAUCUGAGCGCACUUUCCACCGAUGAUGGUGGUGCGGGCAGUGACGACAAGGAGGACCAAUUUCUGGACAGCAAUGGGGACAUCAGCGAGCCGGAGGACGAAAUCGAUGAUAAGCCUUACGUGAAUUAUAUUGAGGGUGAUCGACCGAGCAAGCAGGAUGCCGAUGUGCUGCAGGUGAUCGAAAAACGACCGAUCGAUCCGGAGCAGUUUCCGUGCGUUCACGAGUGGCGGAAGGCGAUGCUGAAACUUCCGGUGGAACUGAGGCAGAGCCUAUCGGUCAAACCGAACCGGCUCCGCUGGCGUGCAGGAAACGUCUCGACGGCAUCACUCGACAACACCCCGCUGACGGCCGGCGAUCUGAGCAGUGUGUCGAUAACCGCGGCUGAGGACGCCCUGCUUGACGGGGGCUCCGUAUCUCCCCCAACCACACCGGUAAGUUCAAAACUGUUCAGUCGCUUCAAACCGAGAGUAAAUGCCGCCGGGGGCAACGGUAGCAACGACAGUCUCAGUUCCCUGGACGGUCGCAUCCGUCUGAUGAAUAUCUCCGAUUACAACACGACGGUGCAGCGAGUCGCACCGGCACCAUCCUCGUAGGAGAGCAGCAACCAGUGGGAUCGAUUUUAAAUUUGUAAUUUUUUUCUGUUCUUUGUUUUACAAUCAUCUAAGUAUCUGGACCUUUUUCUAUUAUUAUUCACCUAAGUCACGGUUUUUAACUUAAUUAGUGACCCGAGAUGCAAACCGCGAUAACCGUUCGAUGUUUAGCAAACUAUCUGCCAAAACAAACUGUUCCAAGAGUUGAAAUUAGAAAAGGGUAAAACUUUGCGUUGAUUCCUUCCCCGAUACGAGUUUCUCGUGUGCGGGACUCAAUCGAUCGAUUUCGGACCUAGACCGCGGGACGUUGUCCCUAAACUUUCAUUACAUUUUUUAUAUGAAAUCUACCUAGAAUAGGCUAUUAUUGCAGGGCAAAAUAAAACACAAGUAAAUUAAUCCCAGAA